GACUUACCUACCUACCUACCUUUCCUACUCUACUUACUAUUAGUUUUCUUCUUCCCCUUGCAGAUCGUUCAGGGUGUUAGACGUCAUAGUGACUCCAAUAUCGACUUUCAAUUCUAACGGUUUUCGAUAUUGCGCUUCGUAUAAAAAAUAACGGACUGAAUACGAGCUCUACACAUCUCUCACCUACUCACCUUCGUGUCUCUAUUCCCAUCUCAAUUGAACAUACACCCACUCCCCCUCGCCACACCACCAAAAUGACCUCCCCAUCCAAAACCCACCACCAACCCGCCGCCUCCUCCAACAAAGUCCCUAGUCUCCACACAAUCCAACCCAUGAAACGCUCCAUCUCCUACUCCCCGGCCCAAGACGACGAGCACAUCGCCUCCAGCAAAGCCAGCGAAUCCCGCGGCAGCGAUCACAUGGUCAAAGCCGCUUUGAUGGAGCUUCUCAAUGAUGAUGGGGUCAAGGCCAGUGCGCGCGGAAGCAGAUCGGUCCAGAACCUUCUCAUGGAUACGGAGAAGGCGUUGAGGAAGCAGCGCAGGGAGUCGCUUUCGGGCAGAGCCUCGAUUUCAGUUUCGAAGUGAAGGGGGUGUUUUGUUUGGUUGGGAUUUAUUAUUCUUUCUAGAGAUGAGAUGAGCUGAGAUGAGAUAAGAUAAGAGGAUGGGUUGGGAGGAUGGUUCUGGAUGUGGAU